AUGUUGGCACAUAUGGAUUUAUUUGAUGCAUCAUUUUAUUGGGGCCGAAUAACACGACAAGAUGCUGAAGAAAUUCUUGAUCAAUCAGGUUUAAAAAAUGGUCUUUAUCUUAUACGAGACAAAUUUGAAGAAGCUGGUAGUUAUGCAAUAACAUUAUGUUUUUUAAAACGAUUUUAUCAUUAUCGAAUUGAUCGACUUUUAAAUGAUAAUGUUGUUCUUAAUGGUUCACGUGCUCAAGAAACAUUUGCUUUUCCAAAUAAUGACAUUAUAUGUAAUGGUUGUCGUCAAUCAACACGAAAUUCUGAACAAAUAGAAUUUUCUGGACCAAUGGAAUUAAUUAAUCAUUUUCAAAAACAUGCUGAACCACUUGUUACAACAUUAUCUAUUCCGUGUCAACGACCAUUUGAUUAUAAUUUUGUACAAUUCUGGUGUGUACCAUUACUUACUCCAGAAUUGUAUAUAAAUAAAAUUUUUCAAGAAGCUUCGAAUACUGAUUAUGAAAUACCAAUUAAAGAUAAAUUAACAUAUAAAAGAUAUAUUUAUGAACGACGAGUAUUAAAAACUUUACAUGAAAAUGAGCUAUGGUUUCAUUCUCGUAUUAGUCGACAAGAGGCAGAAAUUCGUCUUACAAAUGCUGGUGAAAAAAAUGGUCUAUUUCUUGUACGUGAAAAACCAGGUGAUAAACAUUCAUGUGCUUGUUAUUCAUUAAGUUUAUGUUUUCAACGAGAAUAUCAUCAUUAUAUUAUUCAGAAAACACCAAAUGAUUGUUUACAAUUAGCAUCAGCUAAUAAAUCCAAACGUAUUAAUCAAUUUGGUAGUCUUGUUCAGUUAGUUGAUUUUUAUCAUCGAAAUUAUCAAGAUCUUGCUUGUCAUCUUCAAUAUCCAUGUAAUCGUCCUGGUGGUUCUAUACAAAUUAUUCCUUAUCAAACUUUUUUAGACGUUGAUACAAACACAAAAUCUGAAACUAGUUAUACAGAUUUAUGGUCUUCAACAUUACCAAUGUCAAAUGAUUCAAUUAAUACUUCAUCACUUGAUUUCAAUGUUCUGAAUUCAGAAUUAACAUAUGAAUGCGAUAAUAAUCAUAAUUCAUCAUUAUUAGAAAAUAUUUUUAUCGAUGAAAAAUAUCUAAUUUUGGGUGAUAAACUUGGUGGGGGUCAAUUUGGUGAAGUUUAUCAUGGUAAAUUAAUUAGAAAUGAUGAAAAUAAUAAUGGUAUAGUAAAACAUGCACUACAACAUGUUGCAAUAAAACGAUUACGACAAAGACAAAAUUCAUUUUUUCAAGAAUUAUACAAUGAAGGUGAACGUAUGUUGAAUUUAGAUCAUCCUUAUAUUGUUAAAAUAUUUGGAAUAUGUAAACAUGAAACAACAGUAUCACUUGUACUUGAAUUAUGUCCAUAUGGUGCAAUGAAUCGUUGGUUAAUAGUAAAUAAAACAUUUCGAAUGAGUUAUAUUCUUAAUUAUAUGUAUCAAGUUAGUGAUGGAAUGAAUUAUUUACAUGAAAAAAAUAUUAUUCAUAGAGAUUUAGCAUUAAGAAAUAUACUUAUUAUGUCGAAAACUAUUUGUAAAAUAUCUGAUUUUGGUUUAUCACGUGUUCUUGAAGAAAAUACAUACUAUCAAAUUGGACAGAAUCGUCGAUUACCAUCAAUAUGGUAUCCACCAGAAAUUCUCGAAACACCUUUAUUUCAUUCACAAAUUGAUAUUUGGUCAUUUGGUAUUACUGUUUGGGAAGCUACAUCCUAUGGUCAAACACCUUAUAAACAAGAAUUUGAAACGAUGGAAAGCGUGCCAUUUGAUCCUAUAUCACAAAAAUUACUGAAAUUUUUACGUAAUGGCAAUCGUUUAAAACAACCUUCGAAUUGUCCACAACCUAUUUAUGAUUUAAUGCUCAAAUGUUGGGAAUAUGAUAAACAUAAGCGACCGACGUUUGCUUGGAUAAAACAAUAUCUUAGUACAUAUGCCUUUUCUCAAGAUGAAUAA